GGCGGAUUUGAAGACUCAACAGCUGUCAGGGGUAUAUUGCGUAAUUAACAUGAAAAAACAAUGGCAUUAGUGUCACAAUCCAAAGGUAAAGUGUGUUAAUACACUCCCUCGGAUUCUGCUUGGAGCCGUUCAAGCGUAUUCCAGAAGUCUAUCUUCGUCUCAUCCAUUCAAAGGAAACUAAUACUCCGUAAUAAACUAAUAAUAAUUGUUAUUAUUAUCUUCUUUUUUGAUUUAUUAAAAACCUACUAGAAUCUGUAGAUUUCACUAAAGUUCUUGCGUUCAGGCAUGUAUGUUGACUCCCUUUUUUAUUUAAUCAUCAUUUUUUCCUCGUCAGUAUGGUAUAAAGAUUGUAUUUUAUCGACUGAUUUGGGUAAUUGUGUUGUGGGGUUCUUGUUUUAAGUUGAUUAGAGCUGAAAUUCCGAUUCUUUCUUUUGGUCGAUGGGUUGAUCUUGGAAAUCGGAUGGAGUUUGUGUUCAUGUGUUAAUGAUUUGGGCGUUAAUUGUUUAGUAAUUCAUAGGGUCCUGGGCUUCUGCUUUCGAAGAAUCUUGGGAUGAACAUCUCAUUUCUGCGAAUUUCAUGUUCUUGAUUUCUGGGCUUCGUGUUUAUUUGGUUCUUGAGUCUUCAUCAUCGUGUUCUGCAUGACUGGAAUGGGUAGGACAGUGAAGAUAUUAGUAGGGGGUUCCAUUGAUUUGAGAUGAAAGCUUUUCUGAUCUUGAAUUUGAUUCCUCUUUGUUCUUGUGCAGAUUCCCUUUUUUUUCUGAAAGCUUGCAGAUUCCUGGUUUGUUCGAUUGAGAAUAAAAGGGUCUGUUCAUCAUGAUGCAGGUUUUCUUGGUUUCAUGGUCGAUACACUCCCAGCUGUGAUCAAUAAAAGUCAAAGUUAAUGUGCUGAAGUCAAAGCUCUCGAGAUGCGAACUACCGAGGCACCCCAGUCGUCGUCAGGCCUUCUCCACGGGCCCUACCGUCAACAGCUUAAGAAGCAGAAAGUUGAAGAUCAAUAUUACACCAUUGCUUCCCAUGCUUCCAAAAACUUUUCGGACGAAAACAUAAACCAAACGUUGUUCCGGGCCCACACCGGGCAGUUCUUCACUCUCGACUCAUCGCCCACGGUCGACUGCGGGGUUUAUGGCUCCCCCACCACCACCCCCUACACCACCCCCACCACCACAGCCAGCUUUUCCUCAAACUGGAGUGCCUUAUCAUCGGACAAUAACACUUCCGGGUCCCCCUUAAGUGGUUCUUCCGGUGUUGUUGAUGGUGGCAAUGAGCUGAUGCACAUGUUGCGCGAACUGGAGAACCGGUUGAUGGGUCCCACUUCUGAAAUGUACAAUGAUACCAGCAGUUAUUCCUUCACGUAUCUUCCGGAUUCAGAACAGUCCCUCGGUGAUGCUGUUUCAGAGACAUCUUCUUUCUCAACCAGGUGGAAGCAGAUACGGGAGAUAGCCCCGAGUCUGGACACAAAGGAUCUUCUUAACGUCUGUGCAGAAGCGGUUGCGGAUGCUGACGUGGCAACAGCAGAAUUCUUCAUGGGUUUGUUGGAGAAAAGGGUGUCGGUUUCCGGGGAUCCCUUCCAGAGGCUGAGUGCUUACCUGUUGGAAGGUCUCAGGGCGCGCCUACUGUCGUCGGGCAGCACGAUCUACAAGAAGCUGAACUGCAACGAACCGACCGGUCCCGAGCUGAUGUCGUACAUGCAGGUGUUGUACCAUCUUUGCCCUUACUACAAGUUCGCUUACGUCACGUCCAACGUCAUCAUCGGCGAGGCAGUGGCCCGCGAGGACCGAGUCCACGUCAUCGAUUUCCAAAUCGCCCAGGGGAGCCAGUGGAUAUUCUUCAUCAAGGCCCUCUCGCAGCGCCCCGGCGGGCCCCCCUUCUUCCGCCUCACCGGCGUCGACGACCCCAACUCCGCCCGGGCCCGCGGCGGGGGGCUCGCGCUGGUCGGCGAGAGGGUCGCGAAGUUUGCCGCGUCGUGCGGGGUGCCGUUCGAGUUCCACGCGGCGGCCAUCUCCGGGUCCGAGGUCGAGCCGGAGAGCCUCCGCGUGGGGCCCGGAGAGGCGCUGGCCGUGAACUUCCCGUACUUCCUGCACCACAUGCCGGACGAGGGCGUGUCGACCGCGAACCACCGGGACCGCUUGUUGCGGCUCGUGAAGGGGCUGUCCCCGAGGGCGGUCGCCCUCGUGGAGCAAGAAGCCAACACCAACACCGCCCCGUUCCUCCCGAGGUUCCGGGAGACGGUGGACUACUACUCGGCGAUGUUCGAGUCGAUCGACGGCGGGGCCCACCCGCGGGACGACGGGCGGCGCAUCAGCGCGGAGGAGCACUGCGUGGCGCGGGACGUGGUCAACCUGGUGGCGUGCGAGGGCGGGGACCGGGUGGAGAGGCACGAGGUGUUCGGGAAGUGGAGGAUGAGGAUGACGAUGGCCGGGUUCGCCCCUUGCCCGUUGGGCCCCUCGGUGGCGGAGGCCGUGGCGCAGGUCCUGCGGGAGUACAGCCCGAAUUACUGGAUGAGAGAGAGCGAGGGCACGCUGUGUCUCGGGUGGAAGGCGAGGGCGCUUUCGACUUGUUCGGCGUGGAGAUGAUAUGAUGAGUAUUGUUUGAGGUUUCUUCAUCCAUGAGAGAGAGAGUUUUCUUCUUCAACUGUGUAAAAAUCUGUGUAGUUAAAACCUCUUUGUUAGGGUUCUCAUAUGAACUGCAGCUGUUGGUAUUACUGUUAGUCUUCUGUUUAUAUCUCCUGGCAAGUGUUUUUCUUUUUUACAUUGGGUGAUUUAGAAGAAAAUUUCAAGAGCUUGUAGUGCAGGUGUUCGUUCCCCGACUGACCGACCCGAAAGGUAUCGAUCCAUAAACCGCCCAUUUACGGGUAGAGGGGAUUGGUC